UCGCAGGUUAAGGACGCGUGGAGCCUACGUUUGGCGUCUUUGUAGAAAUGUUUUUACACUAUAACUUAUUAACUCGGUUUAUUCGCUCCAGCGAUAUGAACUUUAGUGUCCUUCAUAAUUCACAAAUCCACCAUGACUAGUAGAAAUAGUAGGCUGAAUCCGCGUAUUUCGGGUAGAGUAAAGCCUGCCUUGGUCCGUGAACAGGAAGUUAGUGCGCGGAGCACGGACUCCCGGGAGAAUCAUGACCGCCGAACGCUGCAGCUGAGCCGGCAGGGUCGCCUGGAAGCGCCGCGGAGACCGAGUGGAUCACUAAGCCGGCUCUCACAUCCUGAAAGCAGACCAGAGAAUAUGGGACAACAACGCAUGGGAACGGCGACUACAGAUGACCCACCAAAGAUAGUGGACCAGCCCAUUAACAGCUACCCUCCAGAUUCCACAGGAGGAAGCAAGAGUUUGCCAGUUUCUCGUACCCAGGCUGGAAAAAGAGCUGAUAUUGUUUCCCUGAGGAAGCAUCUGGGCCACGCCAGGCGUUUGGCAUUCGCAAUUAAGCGGGGCCAAAGCUACUUCCACCUCCUGCAGAAAGAGGAACGGGAGGAGCAGGAGGUGGAGGAGAGUCAGCAGAUGAGGAGGGAGGAGCAGCUGAGAAGAGAGCCACGACCUCCCAGGUUCUCCUCUGACUCAGACAGCGAAUCAGAGGGGUGGCCUGUGCCUGCAGGAACCAGCUGGUCAAAUGCGAACGAAGCAAGGCUACGCAGGAGGAAGAGCCAGUCAGCACGACCUUUCACCCCUGUCCAUCACUCUCUGACCUCUCCUCUGCUUAGUGAAGCACCGAGGAAGGUCAUCUACCGCCAGCUCUGCUGUCUGAAUUGGCUGCUGGAGGCCUUGACUCUGGAUCGCUCCGGCAGAGUCGCCCCCCUCGCGGCCUGCUGGGACCCCAAAGACCCUGGCCGAGGCAGGACCACGAUAAAGACACUGAAAAAGGAGAGAGCCAUUGAGAACAAAUGGGAGCAAUUCGUUUCAGCCAAGCCUCAGAGAGCUCAUCGGAGGCGCCCUUGCAGCUCCUCUGCUCGCCUGCACACCCACAGGAAGUCUUCCUUCGCGAGUGUGGUGUCCCUCUCGGCCCUCACCUCCACCACUGUGGGCAGUAGUGUGUCCUCUCUGGUCCAAGGCGCUGAGGAGGACACUGAGUGUCCAGCAGCAGCAGAGGAGACAGAGCAGCCCCCCUCAGAGUGUCUUCGCACACUCUCAGAUGUCCAUCAGAAAGUCAAGAAAAAGAGCCAAAGCAGCAGACACACAGAAAGCUGUCCUGCCAAGCCCCCAUUAGCCAUCAGCCAUCUAAUCAACAACGAGGCCACCAUGCUGCGGGACGUAAAAGCUGUCUUUGACGAACGGGUUGAGGAGCUGGCUCAAACCUACAUCGACACCCUGGAGCUCAAAGCCAGAAAGAGGUUAAACAGCAGUCUCCAGAUGUAUCAAGGCCUGUCUCACAUGACUGAACCCCAUGGCUUUCCUCAUCAUGUGACCUGCAUUUCUCAAGAGACAGAAGCUCCACACAACAAUAAAAAUAACCACAACAACAAUAUGUGGCUGUGCACUCUGCUGAGCAGCCUGCCUGAGGAGGUGUGCAGGGAGCGAGCAGUGAGCCGGGUGCUGGAGAAGCUGAGUGGUUUCGCAGAGCAGCAGACGCUCAGGGUUCGACCUCAGCUCUUCCUGAAGGUGCUGGGGGGUCUGGAGCCGUGGGAGCUAUGUCUGCCUGAGAUGUGUGUGGCCAUCCAGAUUGCCACAAAGCAUGUGGUCCAGAUGUCCAGGGAGCAGUAUGAUACCUGGCUGUGUUCAAGGGUCACUCUGCCCCCACAGUACCCUGAUGCCCCUAAAACACCAGGUGAACCACACUCAUCAAGACCUGGAGGAAGGCUACAGGCACAGACAACUAGAUUAGGAGAAGACAGGCACACCAGGGUUGUAAAUUAAAUAUAAGCUCAAGGUGUAAAUUAUCCUUAGAAGUGAUGGAAUAAAACACGAAGAGUAAAAGGAUAAGUAAGAGUAGUUAUAAUGCAUUUCAGCCCAGUCAAUGUUCACUUGACUGGAAAAGCAGCAGCAGAGAAAAUGCUAACUCCACAAUAAGUAACAAAUAACAUUUGAUUUAUCAAGAGAAUCUACUUUCAGUGGUUACAAAGAGCAACAAAAUGCCAGCAAGCUGUUUUUCUAACACAGUUCCCCGUAAGUGUACAGUGAUAACACAAGAUUACAGGUCAUAAUUUGAUAGAAUCUUUAGUUCUGUAGUGCAAGGUGCCAAAUUUUUGUGUGUGUUUAUUUAUUUUUUGCUAGUAUUCCAGGACAUUUAUUGCAUUUUGUGGUGAUAUCUCCCUAUUCAUGCUAAUGGUCAAAUAAUGUUUCUAUUUAUUCUAAACUAACUGUGAAAAUUAAUUGCAAAUCCCAUCCCUUCCUGUUUGCAAGAACAUUUUUCCUGGAAAUACCUACUUGACUCAAUGUUUGGACUAGCAAAUGUACUGCAACAACAGAAGUGGCUACACAAUCACACUCAGUAUUACCUGUCUGUAGAGAGCAGUAAAACAGACAUUUACAUGACAAUAAACCAGGCUACUGUUUUAAUACUUCUGUUUUCACAAGUAAUAAUAAUAGUAGAUAAACAAUCAUAUACUGACACUCCACUGGGCUAUGGAACCCAGCCAAACAUUCAUAGUGACCUUUAACCCCGCCUCGCCUCCCAAUAGGGUGGUGAGUAAAAGAGGCUGACCCUCAACUCUGACUGCCUGUUGGACACGAUAAAAUGAACUCACGUGUCAUUACUUCGAUCAGCACUUUGGAGAAACUGAAAGUGAAUAUUACUUUCUGGGUCUUAUGACUGUGAAUGUUUAAGCCUGAUAUCCCUUUUAUGAAAAUAAUGUUCCAUGUGAUAUAUAUGCACAAUUAAAAGAAGUAAGCUAUAA